UGUGAGUUAAGGUCGUCUAGACCAAGUUGGAGUCUUGUCACCUGUAAAUUGGCUCGCUCUGGAAGUUCCUCACCUCAUAUAUUUCAAAGAGCAAUUAAACGCACCCUCUCCGGCUGCACGGCCGUAGUCCGUUAAUUUUCUAAAUAUAAACAGUGUUUACCUCCAGAGGGAAUAUUUACUUGUUUAUGGCUGUCAGAAUGUGGUCAAGUGCCACGACGAUGCAGUUAGAGGAAUGAGAGAAAUGAGCUUGUGUGUGGAAAUGUUUGGUCUGGCAACUGUCUGCAUCAUUAAUAUAACCCUGUAAGAAAAAUGUGUUGAAUGAAAUUAAAUUACUCUAGAAAUAGAAAUGAAAUGAGAUUUUUAAAACUCUUUUUCAGCAUUGAACGUCUUUGUCAUGUCUCACUCCACAGUGGAGGUUAAUCUGAAGCUCAUAAGAAAGUAGACACUCAGAGCUUUAAGAUUUCAUGAGUGUUUCUGUUUUUCUCUAGCCUACUAGAGGCGAUAUAUUCAUUGAAAAGUUCCCAAAAACGGUUCACUUUUUCCACACAAAUGUUUGUAUCUCCAAAGUAAAUGUUGAUAUCAAACCCGUUUCUGCUCUCUGAGAUGUUCUACAAGUGUUUGUUCACCUAAAAAGCAGCUCAUCUUCAACCAGUAAAAUUCUGUGUAAGGUUCUCCAACAGAGGGAAAAACACACGUCUAUAACACACACCGAAAGCCGACAGACUCAUUUUAGAUCAGACUCACAGCCUGAAAAUCAUUCUUUUGUUUAUACUGAUUAAAAAUGUCCCAUAAGUCCAUUUCCAUUCCAUUACAGGUGUAAUAGAACACCAGGAUACUGGUGAAAAGGGUUAAAGUGGUUUAAAGGGUUAAAGUGUCUAUAGAGAAUCCUUUUCUGUAUCAGAGAAGGUUGGGAGUAGAACCGUUUUAGGCAACAAACAACCUUUAACUAUAUAUAAAAUAUAUUAGUUUGUUAUCCCUUUCUUUAUUUCCAAUGGAACAUCAAAAUGGAAAGUCAGAACCAUUUCAAGUUCAAGUCAGUUUAUUUGUUUAGAUCUUUUAACAGUGAACAUUGUCUCCAAGCAGCUUUACAGAAGUAUAAAAACAUACAAUAAAAAUGAUAAAGUUUGAAGUUACUAUUUAUCCCUAACAUUUAUCCCUAAUGAGCUGGCCUGAGGUGACGGUGGUGAGGAAAAACUCCCUGAGAUGAUGUGAGGAAGAAACCUCGAGAGGAACCAGACUCAGAAGGGAACCUCAUCCUCGUUUGUGAGACACUGGACAGUAAAUAAUGUAAAUGUUGAUAAUGUCCUUUCUGCAAUAGCAACCAAGAGCUAAUUGGCCGUUCCUCCAAAAGAGUUGUUACAAAACUUCCUGGAUCUUGCAUGGUUCCUGAAAGAACCUUUAUAUCAAUAAGAACAAUUUGGGUUGAUACACAGAUAGUUUUGGAUAGUUAACAGAUCUUAAUCUCUGAAAAAUAAAGGUUCUUAAAUAGUUUUUUCAGCAGGUAUUGUUCUCUGGAGAACCGUUAACAUCCAUGGGACGUUUCCAUUGCACAGAAGGUACUUUUUAGCAGAAAAAGGUUCUUUAGACUAUACUUUUUUACAUAGAACUAGAAUAAAAGGGGUUGCUUUGAGAACCAUUUACUGAAAGGUUCUUUGGAGAACCUAAAAUGGUUCUUCUAUGGCAUUGCAGUGAAAGCAUAUUUUUGGUUCCUCUUUUAAGAGUGUAACUCCUUAAAAGGAGUUAUGAAGAACCUUUAGAGAACCUACGAAGAACCUUUAACAUCCAUGGGAUUUUCUAUUGCACAGAAAGGUUAUUUGUAGUGGAAAAAGGUUCUUUAGAUUAUAAACCUUUUAAUGGAGCUAAAAUAAAAGGGGUUGCUUUAAGAACCAUUUACUGAAAGAUUCUUUGGAGAACCUAAAAUGGCUCGUCAAUGGCAUUGGGGUGAAAGUCCGUUUUGGGUUCUUGUAACUUCUUAAAAGGAUUCUACUUAGAAAAGGUUCUAACCAUAGAAACCAGGUUCUAACCAUCUAACCAUGAGGAAAUAUGGUUAGGGAUGUAUCUGUUUUAGCUUGCUAGAUAGAACCUUUAUGGUUUCCCAUAAUAACCUUGAUAAUAAACUUGAUAACCUUUAAGAGUUCUAGAGUCAGCCUCUUUGCUUGGAGUGUGUGUGUGUGUGUGUGUGUGUGGAGCAGACUGAACAUCAGAUAAAUAAAUAGUAAAUAUCUGAAAAUGUUUGGAGAAUCCAGAACUGAUUAGUCCUUGUGAAAUUCUCCUGUGUAAUUGAACACAUGGUUCUCAGCACACACAGCUUGAACUCAGUUAAUGGAAGUAAAUCAACAUCUCGUCUAACGAUGAAUUAUUGUACAUCAUGCUGAAAUCAGACCUCUGGUGAGAAGGUUUUGACCGCUGGAUGAGCUCCAGCGGCGUUUGACAUCUUUAUUGAACACCAGGGCCUCCAUUCACAAGUCUGACGCUCCUCAUUGAAGCUCUGACGAAAUCUUACUCUCAUAUAAGCGUGAGUGUAACGCGCUGGUGCGUGUGAAAAGUGCGGGACUGCCUCCUUACUGAAGGCGGACACUGCGCUCUCUGCGUCAGCGCGCGCACCGCACACCUCAUUCAUUUCCCCCAGACUGUGCCUGGUGUUUGUCUGGUGCUCCUGCGUAAAGGUCUCCUCCAUGUCAUAGAGGUGUUCAGAAGCGCAGUGAAGAUGGCCAUCCAUGUGGAAGGGCUGGUCGCGAUUGUCAUCUUCUACUUGCUCAUCCUCGGUGUGGGAAUAUGGGCUGCCUGGAAGAACAAGAACUCCGGCGUGGAGGAGGGAGCGGACCGCAGUGAGACCAUCAUGGUCGGAGGAAGAGACAUUGGACUGUUUGUGGGAGCGUUUACCAUGACUGCUACAUGGGUUGGAGGUGGAUACAUUAACGGCACGGCUGAGUAUGUGUAUCUGCCCGGGUUCGGCUUGGCCUGGGCGCAAGCUCCAUUUGGAUACGCCAUGAGUCUCGUACUUGGCGGCCUGUUCUUCGCCAAGCCCAUGCGCUCCCGUGGCUACGUCACCAUGUUGGACCCUUUCCAGCAGCUGUACGGAAAGCGCAUGGGCGGCCUGCUCUUCAUCCCCGCGCUCAUGGGGGAGAUCUUCUGGUCGGCCGCCAUCUUAUCAGCCCUCGGAGCAACGCUGAGCGUCAUCGUGGACAUCAAUAUUAACAUGUCAGUCAUCAUUUCGGCCCUCAUCGCCAUUUUCUACACCCUGGUUGGCGGUGUUUACUCUGUGGCCUACACAGACGUGGUUCAGCUCUUCUGCAUCUUUGUGGGAUUGUGGAUCAGUGUACCGUUUGCACUGUCGAACCCUGCUGUGUCUGACAUCGGCCUGACUGCAGUGAAGGAGCUCUACCAGGAUGCCUGGCUGGGGUCGAUCGAAAGCACUGAUAAAUGGAUGUGGGCAGACAACUUCUUCCUUCUAAUGUUGGGGGGAAUUCCCUGGCAGGUCUACUUUCAAAGGGUUCUUUCUGCCUCUUCAGCUACCUACGCUCAAGUCCUUUCCUUCCUGGCUGCCUUCGGCUGUAUCAUUAUGGCCGUACCGUCCGUCCUGAUUGGCGCUAUUGGGGCAUCCACAGACUGGAAUCAGACGGCCUAUGGUCCGAUCCCUCCCAUGAAGAAGGACGAGUCAGAAAUGAUUCUUCCAAUCGUGUUGCAGUACCUGUGCCCACCCUACGUCUCCUUCUUUGGGCUGGGGGCAGUGUCUGCUGCGGUGAUGUCAUCAGCUGACUCAUCCAUCCUUUCAGCCAGCUCCAUGUUCGCCAGGAACAUCUACCAAAUGGCCUUCCGCCAGUCGGCAUCAGACAGUGAGAUAGUCUGGGUUAUGCGGAUCACCAUCUUUGUUUUUGGAGCUCUGGCGACGGCCAUGGCUCUCCUGACGGGUACCGUGUACGGGCUCUGGUACCUAAGUUCAGACUUGGUCUACGUGAUCAUCUUCCCACAGCUUCUCAGCGUCCUGUUUGUGAAAGGCACCAACACUUACGGCUCGGUGGCAGGCUACGUCUUCGGACUGAUCCUGCGAAUCGGCGGCGGCGAGCCUUACCUCAAACUACCCCCUUUUAUAUACUACCCGGGGUGGUACAUCAUGGAAAAGGUGCACCACAGCACAGGGGAAGUGGAACAUCUGAUAAUGCAAAGGUUUCCAUUCAAGACAGUCUCCAUGUUGGCAUCCUUCCUGGGCAACGUGGCCUUCUCCUACUUGUUCAAGUACUUGUUUGAGAGUGGCAAACUGUUGGCCAAGUACGACUUCCUGGACGCGGUAGUGGCCAGGCACAGCGCCGAGAUCAUGGAUAGGACCACACUGGUGAACAGGAAUGUUAUCGGGCUGAACGAGAUGGCGCCGGUCCGGCCACGUCUCAGCGUCACUUUGGCCAGCACCUUCGGUAGGAAGGAAACCCUUACUGAAGAGGAGGAGGAGGACUCCAGUCCAGAGUCUCCUAGUCAUGAAAAUGAGUAAUGACCACUACCUUUUCAAUUAGGACUUUGGCCAUGAUGAGAAGGACAGCACCACGUUAGAUGAAAGUCCUUGACAACAGAUGAAAAUGGACACUUUAACCAUAUGUAUUGGAUUUUCCAUUGCUGCAGCAGGAUAAGCCAGAAUGACAAAACCAGGAGCAAACGUGGAAAGUAAUGAGACAUAUUCCAUCAUGUAUUACAUCAUUCCAAUGGGAAGCAGGUUUGCUGAAGGUUCAAUACGCUUCAGUAUGGUAUGUAUAAUCCCUGAACUCAUUUUGCUCCUCUGCUCUGAGGGAAAAUCCUAGAUACUGUGACUCCAAGAUUCCCAUUCAGGCAAUAUUUAUUUCUCCGAACCUUAACCUAGAUCUGGACAUACAGAGGUUUAAGGAUACAGUGUAGCCCCAUGUUAUACAGUAGAGCAUAGUUCAUAGCAUCUUAUCAUCUUGUAAUUAAAAUGUAUUUAAAAAAAUAGAAUUAUUAGCUGUUCCAUUAAUCUAACAAAUUCUUUCCAUCCCAUCGAUGAUAUAGGAUAUACGGCAUAACUAUGAGAUAAUUAGACAUCCAGUAUAUUCAUAUUUUUUGUGUAAAUUUGAGAACAGGAUGGGGAACUCGAUGUUACAAUCGCCUUAACUCGCUGCGUCGUUCGAAUAGGAAUUUCAAAUGGGUCCCUGCUCCCUAUGUAGUGCACUAUAUAUCAGUUGCGGGUGCCAUUUCGAUUUCAGCUUGAUAUUAUGCAAACGGUCCGGCAGCCACUUUGUUAGGAAAGGAAGUCACUGCUGUAAAAGACUCGUAAAGGAUAUGUGCUGUGAUAUUUUAUCUGCAAACUCAUAACUGCGGUGUCUAGUCUGAGGUCGAGUCUGUGUUUAUUUGUUGUCUUUUUGCAAACAGAUUUGUGUGUGUGUAUGUGUGAUGUGUACAUAUAUACUGUAUAUAUUAAUAUAUUUUAAAAAUGUACAAAUUCAUAAUUUUAUUUUACUGUGUUGUUACAUGGAUCAGUGAGAAAAGAGGUUUUAGCCAGAUAAAUCCAUAUUUAUUUAUUUAUUUAUUUACUUACUUACUUAUUCGUUCUGGCCUAGAAAAAAAAAGAUUCUAAAUGUAAAAGAAAUCAUAAAUAAAUUCUAUUAUAAAAGU